AUGACAUUGCCAGACUACCGUGCUGUUGUGGAGGUUUUUGCAGAACAAUAUCUGAGAUCGCCUAACGCUAAUGACAUUGCCAGACUACUACAUAUUGCUAAACAACGAGGUUUUCCAGGAAUGUUGGGCAGUCUAGAUUGCAUGCAUUGGAAAUGGAAAAAUUGUCCAACGGCUUGGGCGGGCCAAUACGCAGGUCGUAGUGGAUCCCCAACUAUUAUUCUGGAGGCCGUAGCUGAUUAUGAUCUUUGGAUAUGGCAUGCAUAUUUUGGUUUGUCAGGUUCCAAUAAUGACAUUAAUGUUUUAGAGGCAUCUCAUCUUUUUGCAAAACUCGCUGAAGGUAUUGCUCCUCCUGCUUAUUAUGUCAUUCAAGGUAAACAUUAUAACAUGGGUUACUAUUUAGCUGAUGAUAUAUAUCCAAAAUGCAUGAUAAUUGAGAAUGAACGUGAUCUUAAUGCUAUAAUUGAAAAUUGGAAGGAAGCGCUAGUUCCGGACGUAGAGAUGGUUGUAGAUGAAAAUGCUCGGUUUGAAGGAUUUCUAGCUCGUCAUCGACAAAUCAAUAAUAAAGAAGCUCAUAUUGCACUUCGAGAUACAUUAAUUGAUCAUUUGUGGGAUGAAUAUACUAAUUCGGAGACUUAG